ACAUGCAUGGUCAACCACAUUCUACCGAGCGAAAGUCGGCUUAACGACUUUAACGCUGACUAGGCCCCUUUGAAGAACAAGGCACGAAGCAAGGGACGACCCCGAAGACGCCUGGUCGUCCAUCUCCUGAUUAGUUUGUUUUGAAACGAUGAAAGUGACGCACUUGAUCUGUGCCAUCUUGUUAUUCUUGGUGUGGGCUGAGGCCCGGUUGUCAUCAGAGGUGUGGGAAGAUGAAAUGGAGGACAUUGAGGAUCUUUUAGCUGAGGGUAAAAUCGUGGGAGGUAAAAAUGCCACCCGAGGUCAAUUUCCAUUCGUUGUGGGCCUAUGGAGAAGCAAUACCCGUCAUCCUUUCUGCGGUGGCUCACUCAUUUCGGAUAGGUUCGUUUUGACGGCGGCCCAUUGUGUCAAGCGUGAAAGGUUGAGCUCCUUCAAGGUCGUGACCGGGGAUCUGGAUUUGAACACCGUAGAACCGGAGGAGCACAUUUGGCGGGUGUGCAAGAUCAAGAUCCACCCUUACUACUCGAGCCACGACGUCAAAAACGACAUAGCCCUCCUCAAGUUAUGCCUAAAAGUUCGAUUAUCCUACGCAGUCCAACCCAUUGCUCUGUCAGAGAGACGAAACGCGGUUCAAGCCGGAGAUAGGACCACCGUGGCGGGUUGGGGAGUCCUUUCAGAAGGCGGGCGCCUUUCGACCAUUUUGAAAUACGUCCCUGUGGAAAUAUUCACGGAGAGUGAAUGUCAACGAGCUUAUCCUUGGGUAACCAAAAAUCAAUUGUGUGCCGGGAUUAAACAAGGAGGAAAAGACUCUUGUCAAGGGGACAGUGGGGGACCCUUGUGGUGGAUCGAUCCUGAUUCUCGUGUACGGCGACUGGUGGGCAUUGUGAGCAAUGGCAAGGGAUGUGCCAGGAAGAGAUUCCCAGGUGUUUACACGAAGGUGUCGGCUUAUUUCGACUGGAUUCUGGAGACCAUGGCGUCGGGGCUCUAAGCCGAUUGAGCUACGUACUCGUAUUUCGACUCAAAGAUUGGAGUGGAAUGUUGGGCGUGCUUAAAAUGUAUGUUAUGGAUUAUUUGACUUCGUGGAAGCCAAAAUGUGCUUUGUGAUUGAAUAAAGGAUUACACUUGGUUGAUAUCAAGUGUUUGUUGGGCGUUAUGCUCCUAUCAGAAUCAUCAUGUGAAUAAAGUAAGCAAUGCAAGAGAUAUGGAGAA